UUGGUGACAAAAGGGGACACUUUAGACAUUGUGUACACUAUUUGUUAAUAUAUUAUACAAUUACAUGACUUUUGGCGCUAUUAUUGAGUAAUAAUUGAAGUCUUAAUCAAUAUCUGACUAAUUGUUUGAUUGAAUUCAUUGUUUGGUUAAUAUUGUCAUCAAUUUGUGUCUUCAUUUUGAUCACCACAUUGUCCACUGAGAUGUCAAAGUCAAAGAAAAAGGGUCUCACUAUUGAUGAGAAAAGACACCGACUUCUGGAACUGUUUCACCAAAAGAAAGAUGUGUUUCUUCUGAAAGAUUUGGAGAAAUUGGGACCAAAAGAGAAGGGAAUUGUUAUGCAAUCAGUUAAAGACAUAUUACAGUCAUUAGUUGCCGACGAUUUGGUCGAAUCGGACAAAAUUGGUUCGUCGACAUACUUCUGGUCAUUUCCAGCCAAAGCCGUCAAAACAAAGAAACAAAAAAUCAAAGAUUUAAAGCAAAAGAUCAGUGAAAUUAAGCAAAAAUCUAAAGAAUUGGAUAUCGAGCUCAAGAAGUAUCAGUUGAGUGACAAAGAAGCGCAAAGAAGGGAAAAGGCGUUGAAUGAAUUGCACUCUUUGGAGAAUAAAAGAAAUGAAUUGAAAGCCAAACUGGAAGUGUUGAAGGAUUGCGAUCCACAGUUCAUCAAACAAUUGAACAAAGACUGUGAGGUUUCAAAAGAAGCUAUCAAUCGAUGGACGGAUAAUGUGUUUCUUGUGAAGUCUUGGUGUAAACAAAAGUUUGGUAUCGAAGACUCGGAACUUAAUAAACAAUUUUCGAUUCCCGAAGACUUUGAUUAUCCGGAAUAGAGUUGAAGUGACCUAAAGAAGUGAUAAUUAAAUUUAGUAAAAAUUAUCGAUAAAUAACAAAACGUUAACUUAU